UGGGCGAAGCUACUUUGCGUCAGUAGCGCGCGCAGCAGCCGUCGCGGAGAGAUAACGCAGAUCCCAAACCUGAGCCUGUCAGUCAGAGCUCCGCCUGGUCCGGGCCGAGGGGCCCGCGGGGCCGGCGGAGCUAUGGCCGCCGUGUUUGAUAUAGACUUGGAGACCGAGGAAGGCAGCGAGGGCGAGGGCGAACCCGAGUUCAGCCCUGCGGAGGUGUGUCCCCUUGGCGAGUUGAGGGCUGCUGGCCUGGAGACGGUGGGACACUAUGAGGAGGUGGAGCUGACAGAGAGCAGCGUGAACCAGAGCCCUGAACGCAUCGGCCCCCAUUGCUUUGAGCUCCUGAGUGUACUGGGCAAGGGGGGCUAUGGCAAGGUGUUCCAGGUGAGAAAAGUGCAAGGCACCAACUUGGGCAAAAUAUAUGCCAUGAAAGUCUUGAGAAAGGCCAAGAUUGUACGCAAUGCCAAGGACACAGCACAUACCCGGGCUGAGCGGAACAUUCUAGAAUCCGUGAAGCAUCCCUUCAUUGUGGAACUGGCCUACGCUUUCCAGACAGGUGGCAAACUCUACCUCAUCCUGGAGUGCCUCAGUGGUGGUGAGCUCUUCACACAUCUUGAGCGAGAAGGCAUCUUCUUGGAAGACACAGCCUGUUUCUACCUGGCUGAGAUCACACUGGCCCUGGGCCAUCUCCAUUCCCAAGGCAUCAUCUACCGGGAUCUCAAGCCUGAGAACAUCAUGCUCAACAGCCAAGGCCACAUCAAACUGACAGACUUCGGACUCUGCAAAGAGUCCAUUCAUGAGGGAGCUAUCACUCACACCUUCUGUGGCACCAUUGAGUACAUGGCCCCAGAGAUUUUAGUGCGCAGUGGCCACAACCGGGCAGUGGACUGGUGGAGCCUGGGGGCCCUGAUGUACGACAUGCUCACUGGAUCGCCGCCCUUCACCGCAGAGAACCGAAAGAAAACUAUGGAUAAAAUCAUGAAAGGGAAGCUGGUACUGCCCCCCUACCUCACCCCGGAUGCUCGGGAUCUUGCCAAAAAGUUUCUGAAGCGGAAUCCCAUUCAACGAAUUGGGGGUGGCCCAGGAGAUGCUGCUGAGGUGCAGAGGCACCCCUUCUUCCGGCACAUCAAUUGGGAUGACCUCUUGGCCCGCCGUGUGGACCCCCCCUUCAGGCCGAGUCUGCAGUCAGAAGAGGAUGUGAGCCAGUUUGAUACACGCUUCACACGACAGACGCCGGUAGAUAGUCCUGACGACACAGCCCUCAGCGAGAGUGCCAACCAAGCCUUCCUGGGCUUCACAUAUGUGGCACCUUCUGUCCUGGACAGCAUCAAGGAGGGCUUCUCUUUCCAGCCCAAGCUGCGGUCCCCCAGGCGUCUUAACAGCAGUCCCCGCACUCCCAUCAGCCCCCUCAAGUUCUCUCCCUUUGAGGGGUUCCGGCCCAGCCCUGGCCCACCAGAGCCCAUGGAGCCAUCUCUACCUCCACUCCUGCCACCACCGUCGCCGCCACCACCCACAAGCACUGCCCCUCUUCCCAUCCGUCCCCCCUCAGGGACCAAGAAAUCCAAGAAGGGCCGCGGGCGCCCAGGGCGCUAAGACUAGAGGAAGAGGGCGGCACUGAGGCUGGUUCCCGCCGGCUGUGAGAACCUGGCUGUCUCCAAGCUGGCUAGAUUUGGGAGAUGACAGUGUCUUUUUUGGGGUGGUUGAGCCCUACAAUCAUGUAUGUGGAAGGCUGCAGCUUGCAGCCACUGCAGCAGAUCCCAGUGCCAUUCCAUCAGAAGGGAUUUCCCCAUGCCCUUAUAGAAGGAAUUAAAGGACUGAAUCAUG